UGCAGUGUUCGUAGUGCGAUCGGAGAAACAAUACAUUUAACUGUGUUUCAGAAUAUUAAUAAAUAAAUAACAAUGUCUGCUAUAAAAGACGAAGUAAUAGAGCGGUUUAGGGAGUAUUUGCGAAUUCCCAGUGUUCAACCAGAUGUCGACUACAGUGAUUGCGUGAAGUUCCUCAAAGGCCAAGCGAAGGACUUGGACCUACCAGUGGCAGUCCACGAGCUGGUGCCACGCAAGCCGGUAGUGGUGAUCACCUGGGCUGGCACAGACCCUAAGCUGCCUACCAUCCUCCUCAACUCUCAUAUGGACGUUGUCCCUGUUUAUGAGGAGCAUUGGACUCACCCACCUUUCGAAGCGGUAAUAUCAGAGGAUGGGUUCAUAUACGCGCGAGGCACCCAGGACAUGAAGGGAGUGGGUAUGAUGCACCUAGAGGCUGUCAGGGCGCUGAAAAACAAUGGAGUCAGACUGAAAAGGACUGUACACGUCAGUUUUGUACCUGAUGAAGAAAUAGGCAGCGCUGACGGAAUGGAGGUGUUUUCCAAGUCGGAAGAGUUCCGAAGACUGAACGUUGGCUUCGGGCUGGACGAGAGUAUGCCCGGCACCGGCGAUGUAUAUGAAGCUUUUAACGGAGAGAGAACUAGUAGACCGUUAAAGGUGACGUGCACUGGAAUCCCAGGCCAUGGAUCCCUACUAAAUGACAACACAGCCGGGGAAAAACUUCACUAUGUGAUCAGCAAGUUCAUGAAACUACGUGAGGAGGAAAGGAAAAAGCUGGUUUCUGGUACACCCUAUGGAAAUGUUAUAACUGUCAACUUGACACAGACUGAGGGUGGAGUUCUAGUGAACGUUUUGCCAGAGUUUUUGUCAGUCUCGUUCGAUAUGAGAAUCCCGCCUGACCUUGACCACCAGGAACUCGAAGACAUGAUCAAAUCCUGGUGUGAGGAAGCAGGAGACGGUGUUACACUCGAAUACUACAAAAAGAACCCAGAGAUCAAAAGUACGAGGAUUGACGGCAGCAUUCCUUUCUGGACCGCCAUGAAAAGUGUCGUCAAUGACAUGGGCUACAAAAUGAACUGCACCAUCUGCCCCGGGGCGACAGACGCCCGUUUCGUCCGCAACCAGGGCAUCCCGGUCAUCAGCUUCUCUCCAAUUAUCAACACGCCUCGGCUCCUCCACGCUCAUGAUGAGAGGAUCCAUGUUGAUGAGUACAGGAGGGGAAUUAGUGUCAUGGAGAAGAUUUUGACUGCUGUUGCUAACGUGUAAAGAAGCGAAUGUAUUGUGGAAAUAAACUAAGUUAAGUAUA